GUUGGUAAAGUUUUCUCCCUGAAAUUUUUUUUUCCGCAUAUUCCGCCUUUUCGUCCGCCAUAGUCUUAGUAGCAAUAAAAAGAACAGAAAGCCACUAUCAUUUAUUUUAUAUUAGUUCAGUGGUCUUUUUUUUUAUUUCUGUUAUAAACCUUUUUAACGUCCCUUUAUUUUUGUUGUUUUCCUCCAGAAAUCAUAACAAAAUAAAAUAAAAUAAAAUAAAAACAAAAUUUAAACAAGCUCAUUUAGAAUUAAUAAGUAACCAAAUAUGAGCGAUAAUUCACCUUGCUUUCCUUUACCUAGGACUUUUCACCAACCAACUUUCCACCAUCCUAAUGGCAAUUUACGCCCUAUAAGAACUGCUUCUAUUGAUGGUGGUCAUCACUCUCAAAUCAUUCACAGGUCGAGAAUUUCGAUUGCCGAUGUGCCCAAAGUCACAGGCAAACGAAAACCAGGUUACGACUCGGACGAUUCUAUGAGUGAUAAUAAAAGUCCUCCUAGCUCACCUAAAUUUAUGCAUUCAUAUGAUAUGGAAAGAGACUAUGCUACGGCUAAAAGAACAAAAAUGAGUAGUGAAAGAGAGUUUCCUUUAAGUAAACUAUUAGCGACGCUUGAUAAGCCUCAGUUAUUAUCAUUAAUAAAUAAUCUUAUCGAUUCUCACCCACAUUUGCAAUCAGAAAUUGCGCUAAAUAUUCCUCGUCCAACAAUUCAUUCAGUGACUAAUGUAUUAAAUAGUAUGGAGAAAAAAUAUCAAGAUAGUUUCCCUUACUCAAAAUGGGGACAAGUUAAAGAUGAUUAUAGUUUUAAUAGGGUUAAACCUGCUAUUAUGGAAUUGAAAGGAGCUAUAUUAGAUUACGCCGCUCAUUUUACUUCAACCGAAGAAUUUCCUACUACAACAUUUUCUUUUCUUCACUUGGCUACCUCUAUUACACAGCGAUUACCUGAUUGGGAAAAUCACUUACAUAACGAAAUUAAACGUGAUCUAUAUAUCAAAUUAGCCGAAUAUUGGACGAAAGCUAUCGUUGAUGCUGCUAGUAAAGUUAGCGAAGGAAAAAUAUAUGGUCAAAUGGUUGUCAGUGAAUGGGCUAGAAACCUGGCACAACACAAUCGUGAAUCAAAUGGUAUGUUUCAACAUUCAAUCAACGAAUUUAUUGACAAACUUGGAUGGAUCGCUGGUAUUCAAGUUGGAACAAAUCCUUCUUUAACGUCAAAUCAUUCAUACCCUUUUUCCGGAAGUAAUGGAGGAGCUCAUCAUCAUCACUCUGUAUUACCAGUUUAACACCGAACGUUUUUAAUAAACAUCGUAUUUAGAAAUUAGUUGGGAUAUAGGAAAAAAAAAGAAAAAAAUUAAUAUAUAAAAAAAAAAUAUUUCAUGUACAAUAAUGUUAUAAGUACAUAGAUGAACAAAAUCUAUCAGUGUGUUUGUUGUGCUUAGGAUUUCUUUUUUUGUAAGUAGAGUAAGAGAAAUACUCUUCUUUUUAUCUUUUUUUUCUUGAUCAUUUUUUAUAACAAAAGUCUUUUUUGAAUUCACGUGAAAAAAAUAACAAAAAUAUAUAUUCAGGUUUUAUAUAUUUCAUAAAUUUUUUGUUGAAUUUAUACAAUAUUUUAUAAAUAUAGAAAGUUCUUUUGAUUGAUAUAAAACUGUAUCAUGAAAAAUUAAUAGCAUUAUAUGUCCUAAAUUUAUGAUUUAUUUUAUAAGAUAAACCAAUUCAUAAUCUUUUGUUAAUAAAUAUAAUAAUACAUAAUUAAAAAUCAAAUCUUUAAUAUACUUUAC